AUGCCCUCGUACUCCUCGUCGACGUUGGCGACUGUUAGGGAAGAUGAAGACGAUCGAAACAAAGACGGUCCACACACAGGCGUAGAACAUGAUUGGUUUGGCGAACUUGCCCAGGCUGAACGGACCAGGCGUCACACCCAUCUUUUCUGCGUUCAUCAUGAAGAAGAAAAUCACCAGCACGUACGACCAGUCGGUGGCGAUGGCGCAGACGGAGAAAAUGGCGUUCAUGGCGAUCGAAGAGCCGAGGUUGAUCAGGGUCAACAGCGAGUUGAUGAAAGUGAUCAUCCACAGACAUCUGAGCGGGACACCGGUGGUCUUGUCGACGUUGUACCAGAACGAUGCGAACGGAACGCCGCGGUCUCUGGAGAAAGACCAGAACGAUCUGGUGAUGGAGCAGACGGCGACUGCUCCGCAGAACCACAGCACAACGAAGCACAGCGCCAGGUAUGCGGUGGCAGCCUUUCUGCCCAUUGCGUAGUCGAACACCUGAACGAUCGGCUGGCCGGACGUAGUGUUGAGGAUCGCGUUGAGGUCGUCGCCCAUGCACAGCGUGUAGACGAUGUUGAGGACCCAGCCGAGUAA